UUCGUCCGGCUCCAUUCCUCAACCGAGCGAGCCCGCAGGCGUAGCGAAGCAAAACCCCCUUCCCUUUCCUCCUCUUCGUCUACGUCUCCGUCGGCGGCGGACCAGACCCGAGCGGGCAGCCCUAACCCUAGGGGGGAGGAGGCGGCGGAGAUGGUGUACUACGCGCUGUUGGUGGGCGCGGAGCUGGACGGCCUCACCAACCUGCAGCCCAGCCGCGGCUGCGACGACCCCAACUUCCCCUACCACCUCAAGCUAAAGUGCGAGAACUGCGGGGAGGUCACCGCCAAGGCCACCUACGUCACCCUCAGCGAGCAAGUCGACCUGCCUAAAGGACACGGAACCGCCCACCUCGUCCAGAAGUGCAAGCUAUGCGGGAGGGAUGGAACGAUUGUGAUGAUUCCUGGUCAGGGGACGCCACUAACUAUUGAGCAGAGCCAGAAAGGAGAAAAGACUUGUUUGAUGGUCUUUGACUGCAGAGGCUAUGAACCUGUUGAGUUUUCCUUUGGUGCUGGCUGGAAGGCUGAAUCUGUGCAUGGGACUCCUUUUGACAUUGACUGCUCUGAAGGUGAAUUUUCUGAGUAUGAUGAGAAGGGAGAAUGCCCUGUCGAGUUAGGCAAUCUGCAGUCAGAAUUCAAAGUGGUGAAGAAGCAUGAGAGGGGUGGGAAGACUAAAUUCGUCUAGACCCAGUGACUUGGGAGUCGUCAGAUAUUGGAACUGAAGGUGUAUAAAUUGGUGAAUUUGGGCUAAAGGUCAUGCAUAAUCAGAUGUCCUUUCUUUUUUCUGUUGUUUCUGUGCAUGCUGUGAACUAUGUGAAGCUUUUCCGUGAUACAGUGCCCACAGAGGCAUUACCCUGGACUGAUUGCUAUGUGUUCUAUGGGCUCUGACUCCAGCCACUCGAACUGGUCUCCUGAUCUUCUAAUGCUCAAACAUCUUAAUGAAUUUGAGCUUUGUUUUCUGUGGC